AUGGGAACACUGGUAUCAAAACAGACAAGGAGGUUGGCAAAAGAUCUUCCGAAAACGCCGGGAAGUAAAGUGAAUACUGGAAAUAAUCCAUUAACGAAGAAAUUGAGGGAUGACUAUUUAAACUUGAAGGAAACUGAUUCGGGAAAAGAGGAAUUUCCAAAGGUUUAUAAAGAGGAAAUCAAAAGCCAAAGGAUAUAUACAAAUAGGCCGAAGGAAGAUGAAGAAGUAGGGGACGUGACCAAGUCAGACUUUUUCCAAAAGGCCGUUAAACUUGGAAUAGUAAACGUUAAAGAAGUGAAAACCAAAAGCACAUCGGGAGCUUAUGAUAAAAACAAUGAAACGUUACGACUGCUUAAGAAUAGAAAGAAAAUUGAAAGUGAAUACGAAGAUUUAUUGGUUUCGCAACAAAAGAUAGAGUAUGAUAUACCAAAACGAUUCUUGAACAAAGAACAAUUGAAGAAAGUGAAUAAAACACGGAAGAAGGCCAAAAAUAACUUUGGAUUGAUUGACGGCAGAAGCCUUGAGAAACUUGUUAAAGCGUAUAAGAUUGAGGGACAGGAGAAAAUGAACAAUUUGGCCCAGAAGAGCGAUACGAAAAAAGAGAACGUGGAGCUACUUGAGCAUAUGCUUCAAAAUGGACUCAUAAACUUACCUACAAGUCGGAUUACGCUAGUUCGGAAAUUAAACGGCGAAGGACAAGUCAUAAAUGAAAAACUAGUUGUAAUUCCAGAUGAUUGGGUGAACGAAGGACAGAGAAAACUGAAGCAGAAGAAAAUGCAUGCAGAACAUAAACAGUCAAGUAGUGGAACUGUGGUAAAUCAUGACAGUGGGAAACCAAGCGAUGAGAUUUUGGGCGAAUUCAAGAAGCUUGAGAACCUAAUAAAGGUAAAUCCACAUCCGGAGGUUGAUCACAAACCACACGAAAAGCCACAAGGAAGAAAGUCAAUGAAUGCUAACCAAGAAGUAAAGCGAUAUAUUUAA